AUGCUUAAAACUCAACAGUUCAAAGAUCUCGUGGAUAAUGUUCAAAACACUAAAACAGAUAAAGAACUCCAUUGGUUAUCCACUUCAAUUAUAACUCCUGAAUUUCCUCAAAUCAUUGAAGCUUUACAUAUAUGUUCUAAUUUAUUACUCUAUAAUUCACCUCAACAUCCCGAUGCUAAGAAUAGAAUUGAAAGAGGUCCCACUAUUAAAUUACCCGUUUCUUCUAAUAAACUGGAAGUAUUAAAAGGAAUUGUGGUUAGAGAUGGAGCUUAUUUAACUCAUCUAACGGUCACUUUAAAAGAACCUCAUUUUAAUAAAGUAAUUAAUCGAUUAAAUUUAAAGAAACCAAUGCUAUUACCUCAAAUUAUAACAUCUAAGAAAUGUAUAGAUCAAGCCAUUGCCACCAUUGAAGAAUUAUCUUCCAUUGCUGAUGAUUGUUCUAUAAUAAAUCAUGACAAAUUAAUUAAAUCAUUUAAAUUAUUAUUAAAUUAUAUUCAAACCGCAAAGAAUUCCUUACAAUUACCCACUGAUCCUAAUUUAGUAUUUCCGGUUAAUAUCACUCCUAUAAAUUCAUUUGAACCAGAAUUAAUUCCUACCAUUACAGUAGAUGCUUAUAUAAGUCAAGCUGAAAUUUGUCUUGAUUUAAAAUCUCUUCAUAAAGUUACUGAAAAACCAUGGGGUGAAAUAGAAUCAUCAACAGGGAAAUCAUAUAUUGAUAAAAUCAGAGAUGAAAUGAAAUUACCUGGUAAAAAUUCAUCAAGUUCAUCUUCACCAUUAAGUGUACAAGAUAUAGAGAAACGAUUGAAUGAAAUGACAGGUUCAGAUCAACUACAACAUACACAAGAACAACAAAUUGGUUCAUCACAAGCACAAGUACAACCUCAAGCAACCUUAUUUAGUAGUGUCAUGAGUCAUUUACUGUUACGUCCAAGACAUGAUCCUUUGGAUUAUAUCACUAAAUGUAUCACAUACAACAAUAUGGUUGUGAUGGUGAAUAAAAAAAUAGAAGUAUCAUCACCUGAUCCAGUAUUAGUCAGUGCAUUCACUAAACUAGAUAGUAUAGAAUACUUAAUCAGUAGUUUCCUUAACAAUCUUGAUUGUCUUCUUGAUUCUAUAUAA